UGAAGAUCUUAAGCGAAAGUCAAUUUAGAGUAACGGCUAGUCUAACGGCUUUCAUGCGCGUUAAGUGCGUAUAUGGCAGAUUCUAAUGGAAAGAAUACAAAGUCCAUUACAUCAUCUCCUGAUCAUCGCGAGACGCCGAAGAUGCACCACGGUCCACUGAAACAAGGGCCGACUUGUUAAGAACAGGCGAUGAGAAUAUCGACCUUACGAUUUUGAGAAUACACUGCUUUCUAGACUUCGUAUCCCACGUGUCAAUGUGCGAGGCCGGCGACUGCAGAAAUAUAUUUAUUAGCUGAACUUGCCCCUGAAACAUUUCUUUGUUCUAUUCCAUCUAUUCCACAUCGUCAAUCAGACUUUAUUCAACGUCAUUAACAUCGAUUUAGUGUUGUGUAACCAAACCUUGUGUUCAGGGAAACCACAGCACUCAGACCCAGAGCCUUGAAGACCAUUUAUAGACUCGUUACACUUGAAUCUAAUUAUCCCUCACUUUACACGAUACUCCACAUUCCACUUAUACUUACUAAACAUCAGAAAUCCACAAUGACCAGUGUGGAUAUCCGGACAAGAAAUCUCAAAAGGCCGGUCGACGUAGCCGAGUAUCUCUUUACAAGGCUUCACCAGAUCGGUAUUCGCUCCGUUCACGGUCUUCCCGGCGAUUUCAACCUUGUCGCCCUCGACUACUUACCCAAAGCCGGCUUAAAAUGGGUCGGAAACUGCAAUGAGCUGAAUGCCGCCUAUGCCGCGGACGGCUAUGCCCGGGUUAAGGGUAUCGCCGCUAUCAUCACCACUUUUGGCGUAGGCGAGUUAUCCGCCGUCAACGGUCUCGCCGGCGCCUACAGCGAACACGUCCCCAUCGUGCACAUCGUGGGCUGCCCAUCCACCAUUUCUCAACGCAGCGGUUUGUUAUUGCACCACACGCUAGGAAAUGGCGAUUUCAACGCCUUUGCCAACAUGAGCGCCGGUAUCUCGUGUGCCGUUGCCAAGCUCAAUGACCCGACAGAGAUUGCAACCCAAAUCGACCACGUUUUGCGCGAGUGUUAUCUCAAGAGCAGACCUGUUUACAUCAUGUUCCCUACCGACAUGGUUGAGAAGAAGGUCGAAGGAGAACGCCUUGAAACCGAGAUUGACCUAACUGAGCCCGCUAACGACGUCGACCGGGAAAAUUAUGUGGUUGAUGUAGUGCUUAAGUACCUGCAUGCCGCGCAGCGACCCGUUGUUCUGGUCGACGCUUGUGCCAUACGGCAUCGUGUGCUACCCGAGGUGCACGACCUAAUCGAAAAGACUCAGUUACCCAUAUUCGUCACGCCCAUGGGUAAGGGUGCGAUUAACGAGACACACCCAAGUUUUGGUGGUGUGUACGCUGGUACUGCUUCCAGUCCCGCCGUCAAGGAUAUGGUGGAGAACUCAGAUCUAGUUAUCUCCAUCGGCUCCAUGAAGAGCGACUUCAACACAGCCGGAUUUUCCUACCGACUCUCUCAACUCCAGUCCAUCGACCUUCACAGCGACCACUGUAUCGUGCGAUACUCAGAGUACCCCGGCAUUCGCAUGAAGGGUGUGCUACGCAAGGUUGUCGAAAGGCUCGACCUCUCGCAAAUCAAAGUCCUACCACCACCUAAAUUCGUAGAGCCCGAGGCGCAAGUAGACUCUCAAGCCGUCAUCACUCAGGAAUGGCUCUGGGGACGCGUGGACCGGUUCCUGCGGGAGAACGACAUCGUAGUCACCGAGACCGGCACAGCCAACUUCGGUAUCUGGGAAACGCGGUUCCCGGCCAACGUCACGGCGCUGAACCAGACGCUGUGGGGCAGCAUCGGCUGGGCGGUCGGCGCGUGCCAGGGCGCCGCCCUAGCGACGCAAGACGAAAGCGGCGCGGACAAGGCGCGGCGGACGAUCCUGUUCGAGGGCGACGGCAGCUUCCAGCUGACGGCCCAAGAAGUCAGCACGAUGAUCCGGCACAAGCUAGACGUGAUCCUGUUCGUCAUCUGCAACGACGGGUACACGAUCGAGCGGUACAUCCACGGCAUGGACGCCGGGUACAACGACGUGGCCACCUGGCGAUACAAGGACCUGCCCGCCGCGUUCGGCGCCACGGAGCAGACGGCCAAGUCGUACGUCGUCAAGACGCGCGGCGAGCUCGAGGCCCUGCUCACGGACAAGGACUUCAACGAGCGCAAGGGCCUCCGGUUCGUCGAGCUGUACAUGCCCCGCGAGGACGCGCCGAAGAGCCUGAUGUUGACGGCCGAGGCGAGUGCUAAGAGGAACGCUAUGACGGAGUAAAUUUGUGGGGAAAGGGGUACGGGUGGAUCAAAUCAGUAAUAGGGGAUAUAGGUAGAGGUGGGCACGUGAUGAGAUAUGAUUACAUAUGCAUUGAAAUGGGCUGGAUUACUACUGGUGUUAGACGGUUUUAACUGUGGAUUUCUAUUUGAAAUGGACCGGAAGAGAUAAAAUUCCAAAAUUAUGUUACACUUAUGUCAACGGGUUUCAGCUGUGAAUUGCGUGUAUGGGAUGCCUUUUGUCUAAGACUAUCAGAGUGCGCCGGGAGGCUGGGUAGGUAUCUAUCAAGUUAAAACAAGAUCUUCAAUCAUAGAGAAUGGAUAUCUGCCAGUCCGACCCCGAAAUAAACCGAGCUAAUUAAGUUUUUUCCGGCAAACUGUUACCGCCUUCACACCUAUGUAGUUCGGUAUCACCCCGAUGAUGAUGAG